AUGGCUCCCUCGAAGACAAAGACCGCCCCGCACAAGUCGAACGACCACAAGCGAUACCUUGCAGACGAUGCGAGCGAAAAUGCAGGCUUCACAAUUGACCUGAGCGGCAACGAGGCGGAGGGCAAGGAGCUGCAGCCCGUGAAACAGCCGACUGACAGCGAAUCUGAGGGCUUUGGCAGCGAAGAUGUAGAAAAGGACAUCGGGGAAGAGGGAGCGGAUAGUGAUGCUGAGAGCAUGAAGAUCAACAUCCAGGAGAAGAAGAGCGAAAGGGUAAUACCACCAAAGGAUGCGGAGGAAGAAGAGCUCGAGCGCUUGAUCUUUGGAGACUCGGCAGGCUUCAAGGAGGGUUUGGAAAACUUCUCGAUCGGCCGUACCGCUGGCAUAUACGGUGAUGCUUCGGAUGAAGAGCAAGCAGAAGACUCAGAUCUCGACGAUGUGGCGGAUGACAACCUUUUCUUCUUCGAUACCGGUCCAGAAGUGGCGCCUGCCGGCUCAGUCGCUGUCACCAAGGCUGAAGAAUCAGACGAGGAAGACCAACCAGCAUGGGACGACAGCGACGACGAGCGAUUGGUCAUCAGCCUUGCAUCAGUACCGCGAUUGAGGAAGUUGAGGGAGACGGCCGAGGACGACAUGGUGAACGGAAAGGAGUACGCGCGCAGGCUGAGGAAGCAGUACGAGCGCCUCUACGCAGCACCGGAAUGGGCGGCACAUGCAACUAGCAAAGCGAAGAAGAGGAGACGCACCAUGGACGACGAUGAGGAGAGCGGAGAAGAGUCUGCCAGCGAUAUGGACGUCGACGACGACCUCUCUACCCAGCCACUGGCAAGGCUACUAAAGGAUGCAGACAUUCUCUCGCGCAGCACAGCAAGAGGACCUGCAAAGAAGAGAAAGCUUCAAGCUGGCACAGUCGACAUUCAGCGAUUGAAAGACGUCUCCAAAGCCGGACCAUCUGCGGUCACCUCGCUUUCAUUCCAUCCUACAUACCCCCUGCUUCUUUCGUCCGGGCCCAGCUCGACGCUCUCGCUCCACCAUGUUGACCCCAACCCUCCAAACCCCAACCCACUUCUCACAUCGCUACACAUCAAGCGCACUCCGCUCACAACAACCGCUUUCCAUCCGUCGCCCUCGGAUUCACGAAUCUUCCUGAGUGCUCGCCGACGAUACUUCCACGUUUGGAACAUCGCAACAGGGCAGGUCGAAAAGGUCACACGAGUCUAUGGCCAUCAACAUGAACAGCGCACCAUGGAGUACUUCUCUUUGUCGCCGAAUGGAAAGCACAUGGCACUUCGUGGUUCUUCGAGAAAGGGUGGAGGCGUGAUCAACAUCCUCGACACAAGAACGCUGCAAUGGGCUACACAGGUGCGCAUCGAGUCGCGCGGAGGCGUUGCUGACUUUGCAUGGUGGCGCAGCGGCAAUGGUAUGAGCAUCGCAGGCAAGAACGGCGAAGUCACAGAGUGGAGCGUACAGGAUGGCGUCGUUGGGCGAUGGAACGAUGAGGGAGCUGUCGGCACGACAGUCAUUGCUCUUGGCGGCAACAGCGGGCGAGACGACUGGAUAGGCGGUGACCGAUGGGUCGCGAUCGGAAGCUCUAGCGGUGUGGUCAACAUCUAUGACCGAAGGGCAUGGAGUGAAGACGCCCAGAAUGUACAGUUGAGCUCGAACGGUGGCAUUCCCAAAGCACCGAAACCGCUGCGCGCGCUGGGCAACCUCACUACACCAACAUCGCACCUCACAUUCUCGCCUGAUGGGCAAAUUUUGGCUAUGGCGAGUCGAUGGAAGAACAACGCUAUGAGGUUGGUACAUUUGCCUUCAGCGACCGUGUUUAAAAAUUGGCCUACGGAGAAGACACCAUUGGGCAGGAUCACAGCGGUGGCAUGGGGCAGGCCAACGGAAGAGGAGGAACGGGAAGGUAGUCUGGCACAGGUUGCCGUCGCCAAUGAGUCGGGUCAUAUCAGGUUAUGGGAAGUGCGAGCCUAG